UGUCUGUAUAUUAAAGGGUUGUAAGAAUGUUUAUAAUAAACGGUAUAUUUUAUUACAAAUAUAAUUUUAUGAAAUGGUAGAUUAUAAUUAACACUAGAACGGCGGGAAAAUCUUACCUACUGGAACGGCGGUAAGGGGUCAAUUUGACCCUUCGAUGAAAGUAUUGAAAUAACAACGGUAGCAGAAAAUGUUUUCAUCAGUUAUGAAUGAAUAGUGAUACUUGAAACUUAGGUUUGGAUUCUUCUGGAAAAAAAGAUUAAGAUUAUGUAUUCUGAAUGGAUAUCAGUUCCAGCAACUAGGAAUGCAGAAGAUAAAAGAUGGAGUGUUCUGCAUACUCUACCAGGAACUGCGGGCCGAGAUGUAGUCAUUGCUGUUAUUAAACCACUAGCUAGUAAUCUAGGUAUUAGUACACCGUCAUGUGAUCCUAGUAUACUAGUGUCAGAUAAAGAAGUACACUGGUGUAUGGAGGUUAUCUGUUUUGGACUUGGCUUACCAUUAUCAGAACACGAAGCCAUUCGAGAUUGUGUAAAUGUAUAUUGUGAAUGGAUGUUAGCUUUGACAAAACCCAAGAUAUGUGUACCUAAAUGUAUAACUGAUGAUUCCAAUACGUACACCAGGAAAAUGUUACAUCAUCUGUACAAUCUAUUCCUUCCAAGAAAUGACAAUAGUGCUGAUAUUAUCAAUAGGCAAGCUGUACUUUGCCAUAGGGUUCUUCGUACAAUUGAAGCUGUAGCUCAAGAAUCAGUUAUUAUUGAGCGAGAAACUUGGGAUGCUCUUCUCCUUUUUCUGCUAGCUAUUAAUGACACACUUCUAGCACCACCAUCUGUUCCUGAUGAUAUUGGAAGUCAUCUUUGUGAAAGAAUUCUUGGAGUAUUGAUUGAAGUAUGGUUAUUGGCUUGUCAUCGAUCUUUCCCUUCACCUUCACUUUGGAAAACAUUUCGAGAGUUAGCUUGUAGUUGGCGUCAUCGUAUAGCUUUGGUUGAUCAGUGGAACAGAGUGAAUUUAGCUCUUACAUCUCGUGUUUUGCAAUUUAUGUAUGCUUCACACUUUCCAAAUAUUAAACUAUCUGAUGAUGAUAUGCAUCUAGUACCUGCCGACAUGAGUAAUGAGAGUAUUGCUCAAGCAUGGUUUAGAUUAUUGCAUACUCUUGGAAAUCCUGUUGAUCUUUGUCGGCCUGAGGUUAUCAGCCAGACUCCUAAAUUCUAUCAUUUUGCCUUGAGCAGUGAAAUGGUUAUUGAUCCAUGCCAGCACCCUUGUCUUGCUGUUUUACCUCAGAUAUUUUAUAAAGCAAUGAAAGGUAUUUCUAACCUUGUGGAUGUGUUUUUAGGUAUUGCUCAGCUUGAUUCCGAAGAUAGUACUCAUAUUCCAAGAACUUACUCUCACACAAUUUCAUCUUCAUCAUCUACUCCUCCUUAUAGUCGAAGAGGAUUUUCAAAGAAUGUACCAAAAGACAGUGCUACUAAAAGUGUGCAAAAAACAAGUCUGAUAUCUGGUUUAACUUCUUCAAAGUCUAAUCCAAACCAACCAACACAUCUUGGUCAAUCACAGCAGCAAUUAUUGAAUCAGCAAACACCUCAGCAAUCUCCUAUAUCUACACCUACAACUUCUUCUGCUCCGCUUUUACGUCCACCACUAUCACCAUCACGACCCAAAUGUAAUUCAGUAUUGCAUUUGUUUGGAACAUGGUUGUUUGAAGCUGCCCUUGUAGGAUCUGAUAUGUCAUCAUUUACAUCAAGCUCUGAACAAAAUGACAGUAGUUUAAGAAGGCCAAGCUCACUUGUAUUAGAUAGCAGGCAGAGUUCAGCUCCUAUGUUAGAGUCUUUUGAAAUACCAUCAAAUUUAACUCUGGAAAACUUUGAAGCUGGUCAGGCAGAAGCUGUUGGUUCUCUAUGUCGUAUAUUUUGUGCUAAACGCACUGGUGAAGAAAUUCUGCCUGUUUAUCUUGCAAGAUUCUAUUUAGCUUUACAGUAUGGGCUGUCUGGAGGUUUGGCAAGGGAGCAAAUGUUAGCAAGUAUUUUAUUGAAUUCAAGUGAUUUACUCCGAAAGGACUUAGAUGGAGUAAUGGUCUUAGUUCCCCAAUUUCUUCAAGCUCUGGAAUUAGUACUACCAGCUGAAAUGAAAAUGAGGCCUAGUCCAUUGGUUGCCCAUGCUGAACUUAGGCAUUCUGCUAUUCAUUUAUUGCUGUCAAUGCUGCCUCUACCACUUCAUUAUUUCAAUCUACCUAUCAAAGCUAUUUCAGGAGAAAAGUCUACCCUUACUUUUCAGUCUCUUAAAAUUAGGUUGGUAAAUCUCCUGAUAAAUGCUUUGCAAGUUGAAACUGAAAGCACAAACACCCAUAUGUUAUUAGGUGGUCUCUUAUUUUAUAUACAAGAUUCCGCUGCAAGUGAGGAAGUUGAACAGAUUACUCAACCUUCUUCAGCAGACAUUGUUAGUGUUGAAUCUGUCACCAGUCUGUUGUGUUCUGACCUGCAGCCAGAAGUAGCCGAAAGCUGUUGUGACUCCUUAAGUUCAUCUGAAUGUAGCAGUUUGGGUCCUGAUCUUGACAAUCUUCUUCGGACAGAUUUUCCCCUCCUAGUGGAUGAUUCAACACAUGCUCUGUUCUUGCGAGCUACAUAUCUCAUUUGCCAUCGUUUAAUAUCGUCUUGGAAAACUGACCUUAAUGUAUCUUUAGCUGCUCUGGAAGUUUUGUCUGGUUUAGCUCGCAUACAUCUACCUCAAGCUGUAAAAAUUGCUGCUGAUUCCCUUGAGGGCAAGAGGGCUGUGAAGUGGAUAUGUGAUUAUAUAGUCUUUCAGUGUUCAAGACCACCUCCUGCACAUUCGAAAGAUUUACACUCAACAAUUGUUGCAGCAUAUCAAUGUGUUACAACUUGGCUUGUUGAACAUCCUGAUCUUCUGAAUGAUAAAGAGACUGUUCACACUGUUCUUGAAGUUGUUGAACUCGGAAUAUCCGGAUCUAAAUCUCAACCUAAAAGGAGUGAUCCACCUAAGUAUAAAGGCGAUAAAGAUUUGAAACCAGCAUCUAUGCGCGUAAGGGAUGCUGCUGAGGCUGUAUUAGCAUGCAUGCUGGAUCAUGUUGGUUAUUUUCCUCCUCCAUGUGGUCCACAAAAUUUGUCUUCACUUUUGGAUGAGAAAGCAUUACUUCAACAAUGUAAAAAUUUAAAUGAUGAUGAACUCACAAAAGAAGAAGUUGUAAAGCAUUUUCGAUACUUUGCGUUGGACAAUUCUAUUAUUUUGGCUCUUCUUGAACAGCAUUUGGGAAAUGAGCAAGGUGAAAAUCCUCAACCAACUUUGACAUCUCUUAUCAGAGGUCCAUUUGGACGACACGCAUGGUGUGUUCAACUUCGCCAUUUACCUCAUUAUAAAUCUGGCAGCAAAUAUUAUGCUUUGAAUCCUGGUAGGCCUCUGCCAAUGAAUGAUGUUGGACUUGUACACAACAUUAAGCAAAGGUAUUUUCCUGAGGCUGUAGAUAAGAUCCCAGCAUGUCAAGCAGAUAAAAGCAUACCUUCAUUAGAAAAUAUUUCUCGAGUUAGUGCUGAAGAGCAUGAAAAGCUUGUGAAACUUAUUGAAAACCAGAUCAACUUUGAAGCUUCAGUGAAAAAAGCGGAGGAUUCUCAAUAUAACGAGUAUCCAAAUCCUGAAACUGAAUGUAAAGCUCCCAGUCUUUGCCAGGAAUUCCAGACUUCUCGCUUGUUUCUUUCCCAUCUUGGUUUUUUGAAUUCAGAAGCAUUAAAGGAAUCUUUGACUCAGCCUUUACCAUCUUUGGUUGUACUAGAUCAACUUGCAGACAAUUUUCCUAAUAAAUUGGAAGAAAUUGACAGCACACCAAGUAGAACGGCUGACACUGUUUUCAUACUCUAUGUUCAAAGUGGGCAGACUUCUGUUGAUAGCUUUUUGCAAAAUGUAACUUCUGAAAAUAUCCAUCCUCAUUUCUUGGAAUUUUUAAGGUCUCUAGGUUGGCCUGUAGAUGUAAAAAAACAUGCUGGGUGGACGGGCCACAUUUCUACUGCAUGGAAGAUUCUUCCAAAUGAUGACUUGGAUUCCAUCCCUGAACAAGAGACAGUUAGCGUUUAUAAUGGUAAGCAUAAAGUGUUAUAUUGGUCUGAUGUUUCUUCUGAACUGGCUUUUGUUGUUCCAAGCCCUGUUUCUCAGGAGAGAAGUUUUAGGAAAGAAACAAAAGUACAUGACUUCGGUGACAAUGUAACUCUUCGAAAUAAAGAAUCCAGGGAUUUUACAAGAGAAGCUGAUAGAAGAACUAUGCCUUCUGGUUCAAUAUCUGAUGUAUCUGUACCUCGAGCAAUGUCUUUGAAUUUAGAUGCUGGAGAUGACAUAUAUCAAGGACAAGGCCGUAGCUCUGGUCGGAAGUUCGGAAGGCAGCAUAGUUGUGCAAUUGCUUGUGAUAUGAAAGUUGUUGUAGCAUGGCUAGAAAAUUUAGAUGAUUAUAUUUCAUUUCCUUUAGCUGAUGUAGUGCCGUUGCUGAAUACUGGAUUAGAACCACCAAAUUUUAUAUCUCGUACAUCUGAAAAGGACUUAUUUGUAAUUUUUGUACAUCCAUUAGAAAGCGGUUUAUUUCAGAUCAAACUUCAAGGACCUGCUGGCAAGAUGUCUAUUGCUUUACCAUUGGUUGAUGGUAUGGUCGUGAGUCGUCGAACUCUAGGAACUCUAGUUAGGCAAACUGCAUUAAAUAUGUUGCGCAGGAAAAGAUUAGAUGCAGAUAGCUGCCAACCACCACAUGUUAGACGCAAAUUGAAAAUACAGGAUGCAAUUAGUAAAUACAAUAGGAAAUUAUCAGAACCUGAAUUUUUAUCAUCUUUAUUUCAUGCAUCAUCAACAAAUUAAGAAAACCUUAAAUUUUUAAAGGAAUAAAUUUCAAGGAAUUGAUAAUGUAAUAUUUGUAAUUAGUCACUGAAAUUAAUUUUCUGUGUAUAUAAUGAUGUAUAUAUGCUCCAUUACAAGAAAUGUGUGAGGUUUUUGUAUGAAUAAUAAAUUGUUUAUCAAACACCU